GACGACGAUGAGCAAAGUUUGCAUCAGAUCAGAGUUCAGACAGAGACUAGUUAAGUAAAAUAAUGGUGGAAGUGAGUGUAGAUUGCAGUACAAGAACUCAUUCUUCUUCUUCUUCUUCCCCGCUCUUCAUUUUUCAUUUUUUAAAAUAAAAGUCCGCCACCCAAAAAUAGAAAACCAAUUUUUUUGAUAAAAUAUUAAAACUUGAAAACAACCCAAACCAAAAAAUAAUGGAAUUGCAGCAAAAAGAAAGCUCUGUAGCAAUCAUCAACAACAGCAUACAGGAGAAAGAAGAAGAAAGGGAAGUGGAAUUGGUGGCUGAAGAACCUGACGCUCCUUUGCCUCUCACGGUCACGUCCCGGGUAUUGUAUAUGUUGGGAGAUAUAACGGCAGGUCCAGCAUAUCGAUUUUCGCAAUGGCUGGAAUCGGUUCGUAAGAGAAGCUCCAAAUAUCCCGCCUCUGGUUUUCCUCGCCGCCCUCAUGGGCUUGACACCAUGCCCUCCGCUAGUACAGGAGAACUGCUUGUUGAUUCAAAAAGUGAUCCACCGACUGAACAAGCUCCUGAGAUCUGUUUGUGGGACAGGCUCGGUAAAGUGGCUGCUUUGGACAUUGAAUCGAACUCAUUUUCCUGGAACAUGCUCUCCUCGCUCCAUCAUACUGAGCAUAGUAGUAGCACCGAACAUUCUGAGGAUGAAAUGAAUAAACCCUUAGAGGUAACUGUGAAUUCUGGGGGAGUUGUCUUCUUUGCAUUAUUCAACCAGCAGGGAGACGGUGAUUCUAUUUCUAAGGAAGCAGCAGCAGUCAUAAAAUUUUCAUCAUCAAGGAUGGCCACACAAUCUGAACGCCUUGGUUAUGAAUUUGCAAGGUGGUUAGGAGUCCGGACUCCACAGGCUAGAGUCAUUCAUAAUUGCAGUACAGAGUGGCACCAGAUUAAGGAGGCUGCAGAGAAAGCAAGACUUUCAGCAACUUCAGAAGGAGAUGAACUCGGUGAAGUUACAUGUUCAGAACUUCUGGAAGCUCUUGAACUUAGUCGAUGCCUUCUUUUGAUGAGAUAUAUUCACGGAUCUCCUUUAUUAGAAAGCUCAACUGCAUUUGAGUUGCGUGAAGCUGCAGAAAAAACUGCGGCAGCUCUUGGUAGGGUGUUGAUGUUGGACCUUGUCAUUAGAAAUGAGGAUAGAUUGCCUUGUCCGCAGCUCAGAUGGCGUGGAAAUUCAGCAAAUCUGUUGUUGGCUGAUAAAAUGAGCACUGCAAAUUUGAGGGAGUUGGAGGAUGUUUUUGACUCGACAAUUAACCGAUUCAGACCACAGUUGAUAAGGACUUUUCAGAAAGAGAGAAGGGCAACUUCAGUGGAUAGUAGAUGGAGCUCUCGUGAAACAGGCUUGGUGUCACAGGGUUCUGAUCUUUCUGAUGUCACAGAAUCUCCAAAAUCUAGUAAUAUAAGCCUAAGAAGUCAAACAUCAGAUGAAUCAGUGUUCUCUGAACUCCACAAGUUUCAUAUAGUGGCAAUUGACUCUGGUGUUCCUCGGCGACCGCCUGCUGGAAAACGUGCAAAUGACCAAGCAAAUUACCCUAAAUUGGUUGAGUUACUUCUCAAUUGUUCAGAUUACUCUUCUAAUUUGUUAUACGACUUAACAGGAGGGAAACUAGGAUCUCCGUUAGAAGACACCCCAAGAACAGAUGUACAGGCAACAGAAAUUAUUUCAGGAGUUCGGGAAUUUCGGAGUGGAUUUCGUGCAGCUCUUAGAGAUCUCCAGAGUUUCCAUAUUUUCCUUCUUACACUUCACCAAAAGCUAGAUAGCUUGUUACGAGCGUUUUUGAACCUCACAAAUAAAACUACUGGAGACUCUGACAAAGAGGAUAUUGUGAUUCCUGAGUCACCUUAUCAUGGAAUUGGAAAUUGUCCUUCUCCACCAACUCCAAGCAAGGAACGAUUCUCUAACGAUAAUCAUCCAGAUUUUAGUGAUUCAGAAUUGAGAACGGCACCAAAGUUAUCAUCUUCAGGAAGUAAAGAAACCUUAGAUUGUCGUUCUCCCAUGUCCAAGGAAAGCUGGUCAGGGAAGUAUUCCAAAGGGAAUGGAGAACCCCUUCUAAAUCUCCGUUUGACAUCAAAGCUCCGUGACAUCCAUAAAUGUGCCAAGGUUGAUACAGAAUCAAAUAAAGAGCUGGAACAAUGGAAUGAAAUGCUGAGAAACGAUUGCAUCAAACUCUGUCAAGAUAACAAUUUUAUUACGGGAUUUUUUGAAGGCAAUGAUAAUAAUUGUGUAGUUGAUGCUUAUGAGUUGAAGGUCAGACUAGAACAUAUUCUUGAGAGAAUAUCAUUGAUCUCUGAUGCUGCCAACACAGAGAAACCAUCAAAUAUCACAAAUGGUUUGUUUAUUGGUGGUGCCCUAGCUGCUAAAUCCAUUUAUACUUUACAGCAUGUUGGAAUCACUCAUAUAUUGUGUUUAUGUGCCAAUGAAAUUGGACAGUCAGAUUCUCAGUAUCCUGAUUUAUUCAACUACCGAAAUUUUUCUAUUUGCGACAGCGAAGAUUCAAAUAUCAGCGGUAUCUUUGAUGAAGCUUGUGAUUUCAUUGAUCAUGUGGAAUUAAAAGGCGGGAAAGUUCUAGUUCAUUGCUUUGAAGGGAAAAGUAGAAGUGCGACAUUGGUUCUUGCUUACUUGAUGCUCAGAAAGAACUACACUCUAUCAGAAGCAUGGAAUGCCCUAAGACGAGUUCACCGCAGAGCACAGCCAAAUGAUGGAUUUGCAAAAGCUUUGUUAGAUCUUGAUAAGAAAUUGCACGGGAAGGUGUCUAUGGAGUGGCAACAACGGAGGCCAACAAUGAAAGUUUGUCCGAUAUGUGGGAAGAAUGCUGGUUUGAGCAGUAGCUCGCUGAAGCUUCAUUUGCAGAAAUCACAUAAGAAGAUAUCGUCAGGCAGUGUGGAUAGUGCGAUGACUAUGGAAAUACAAAAAGCUUUGGAAGCUCUGAAACUGACUCGGAGUGGAAGUGUCAGCCCUACACAGACUCCAUUAGUUGUGGAUGACUAAUAAUAGUGCAACAAAGUCAUGAAGCAUCUCAUUUUCUGCUUCCCAGCCGUAUAGUAAAUUCACCAAGAUUGGCAUUGCAUCAAAUGUAUUGUGCUGCGAGCGAAGAUGCAAAUAUAUCCGUCAAAUGUCCGCCACUGGCGUGCUGAUUUGAAUAUGUGGUGUAGAAGUGAAGUACACUCUGAUUGAUGGCGAGUAUGGAAGAGUUUGGUGUUUGAAUUCGUAGCGGCCAUAUCAGCAAUUUUGGAAGAAAAACGUGCCAAAUUAAUUAUAAGGAUUUAAAUGACCGUAUUUCAUUUUCUAGUUACAAAAUUAAAGAAAAAUCCGUUGGUAAGAAGGUGAAAUCUGUGGGUGAAAAUUACCCCUAACCACCUGUAUUGCUAUAGAUAUCAUAAGAAUGACUGUUGUAACCAGUUUUAGCUCUUCACUGUUGUAUGUAGAAAAUUACAGUCUUCGACAACUGCUGUAACCAUUAUCGGUUCAUUACAAGGAUAAGAGCAGGGGCGGACCUAGGAAGGGCUUAUGGCGGGCAGUUGACUAUCUUAUUAUUUUGAAUCUUAGAAAAAAUAUAAAUAUAUAUGUUAGUAGUAUAGUUUUUAGACUUUAAAAUUUAUAGCACUGACCAUUUUAAAAAAUUUAUAUUAUCCUUUUUAUGAAGUUUUGAUGUAAUCUUGCCCA